UUGCUCUGUAAACUCUGCCGGCGGCGCAGCUCACUGACUGGGGACGUUACGGUGUUGGUGGAGAUGAGUAGACGUUGAAGGAUGCAGCUUAAAUCACAGUAACUCAGAGUUUAGCGGUUUAGCUAACUCACUAGCAUGGUGUGCAUUACAACGACAACACCGACAGAGCGGUCCGUGUUGUGUAGUGGAGGACGUCUGUGAAUGUUCCACUUGGCAGCUCUGGGAUUGCUCCUCUGGGUUUUGUUGCUCGUGUGGAGGAUGACCACCAAGGCGGCAGCAAUGCCCGCCAAAAAAGAGGAAUCUCCGUCUGGCAGCGGUGCAACUGCAGGCGAGCCGUCCCCGUCCGCCGCUCCCGAUCCCUCCACACACGAGGGUCACGGCCCUCAGGCUGGCGGCGCCUCAGCCGGGCUCGCGGUCACCGAGGACGCCGUGGCUCUGCAGGCAUCCUCUGAGAUGACCUCACACGGGGCCUCAUUGCAGACCAACACCCAGAAACCUCGCAGAGCCAAGGGCCCGAUGCGGAGCUCGGGGCCCGAGGCGAGGGAACGCCUCAAGUUCAUUCUCGGAGCAUCGGAGGACAACUCUUCGGACGAGGACCCUCUGGUCACCAAACCUCCGAGUGGCGCCUCUCAGCCUCUAAACUCCGGCCACAAGUCUUCUCCUCGGCAGGCGUCUGCUGCGGUGCCACAGUCCAGCCCCUCGGCCAUGAAGCCGAGCAUGUCUGGUCUUCACUUGGUGACAAAAGGCCGUAAACACAGGAAGAUGGAUCUCCAGAGGGACUUCACCGUGGCCUCUCCAGCUGAGUUUGUGACCCGGUUUGGUGGAAACCGCGUCAUCGACAAAGUGCUGAUCGCUAACAACGGCAUCGCUGCGGUCAAGUGCAUGCGCUCCAUCCGGCGCUGGUCCUACGAGAUGUUUCGAAAUGAAAGGACCGUCCGCUUCGUUGUCAUGGUUACCCCUGAAGACUUGAAAGCUAACGCAGAAUACAUUAAAAUGGCCGACCAUUACGUGCCUGUGCCCGGUGGGCCCAACAACAACAACUACGCCAACGUCGAGCUGAUCGUUGACAUUGCGAAAAGAAUCCCAGUGCAGGCGGUCUGGGCUGGUUGGGGUCAUGCCUCUGAAAACCCCAAACUGCCGGAGCUGCUGGACAAAGCAGGAAUAUCAUUCUUGGGCCCGUCCAGUAAGGCCAUGUGGGCUCUCGGGGACAAGGUGGCUUCUUCUAUCGUGGCUCAGAGUGCGGACAUUCCCACGCUCCCGUGGAGCGGAUCAGGUCUCCGAGUGGACUGGGAGGAGGACGACCAGUUCCUGGGCAAUGUGAUCAGCGUGCCUCCGCUGCUCUACUCACAAGGCUGUGUUCUCGAUGUUGACGAUGGGCUAGCGGGGGCUGAGAGGAUUGGUUAUCCUGUUGUCAUCAAGGCCUCUCAAGGCGGAGGCGGCAAGGGAAUCCGGAAAGUAGAAAAUGCUGAGGACUUUCCAAGCCUCUUUCGACAGGUGCAGGCGGAGGUACCCGGCUCCCCUAUCUUCAUCAUGCAGCUGGCGCAGCAUGCCAGACACCUUGAGGUCCAGAUACUGGCUGACGAGUACGGAAACGCCAUCUCCCUCUUUGGGCGAGACUGCUCCGUCCAGAGGAGGCACCAGAAGAUCAUCGAGGAGGCGCCUGCCACCAUCGCUUCCUCCGCAACAUUUGAGAAAAUGGAAAAGUACGCUGUGCGGUUGGCCAAGAUGGUGGGCUAUGUCAGCGCGGGUACCGUGGAAUAUCUUUACUCUGAGAACGGAAGUUUCCAUUUCCUGGAGCUGAACCCUCGCCUGCAGGUGGAACAUCCCUGCACAGAGAUGAUCGGAGAUGUGAACCUGCCAGCUGCCCAGCUUCAGAUUGCGAUGGGCAUCCCCCUUUAUCGAAUGAAGGACAUCCGCUUGCUUUAUGGAGAAACUCCGUGGGGUGACUCCGUGAUUGACUUCGAGGCUCCAGAAUACACGCCGAGCCCAAGAGGGCACGUCAUCGCUGCACGGAUCACCAGUGAGAACCCCGAUGAGGGGUUCAAGCCCAGUUCUGGCACCGUGCAGGAGCUGAACUUCCGCAGCAGUAAAAACGUCUGGGGUUAUUUCAGCGUUGGGGCGACUGGAGGUCUGCAUGAAUUUGCAGAUUCCCAGUUUGGACAUUGUUUUUCCUGGGGAGAGAACCGUGAAGAAGCCAUCUCGAACAUGGUGGUGGCGAUGAAGGAGCUGUCCAUUCGAGGGGACUUCCGCACCACGGUCGAAUACCUCAUUAAGUUACUUGAGACGGAAAGUUUCAGAAACAAUGACAUCGACACCAGCUGGCUGGAUCACCUCAUUGCAGAGAAAGUGCAGGCGGAGCGGCCGGACACCAUGCUGGGGGUCGUCUGUGGGGCGUUGCAUGUUGCUGAUGCAAGCUUCCAAAAGAGUAUGUCUGAUUACCUGCAUUCACUGGAAAGAGGCCAAGUUCUGCCCGCAGCCAGCCUCCUCAACUCUGUCAGUGUGGACCUGAUAUACGAAGGAGUCAAGUUCUGCCUCAAGGUCGCUCGCCAAUCCCCAACAACGUAUGUCAUCAUUCUGAACGGCUCCAACAUCGAGAUAGACGUCCACAGGCUGAGUGAUGGGGGCCUCCUGCUGUGCUAUGACGGCAGCAGCCACAUCACCUACAUAAAGGAGGAAGUGGACAGCUACCGCGUCACUGUCGACAACAAGACGUGUGUAUUUGAGAAGGAGACGGAUCCCACGAUGCUGAGGUCGCCCACUGCCGGAAAACUACUGCACUACGUGUUGGACGACGGCGACCAUGUUUUCUCAGGAGACACCUAUGCAGAGAUGGAGGUGAUGAAGAUGGUGAUGACGUUGACGGUGCAGCAGUCUGGCUGCGUCCGCUUUGUGAAGCGGCCCGGCGCCGUGCUGGAGCCCGGCUGCGUGGUGGCACGCGUCGAGCUGGACGACGCCAGCAGUAUCCAUCGGGUGGAGCUCAACACGGCCAUAUUGCCCCCGCAGCAGCCACUGCCCAUUGUAGGAGAGAAGCUUCACCAGGUGUUCCACUGUGUGCUGGACAACUUGGUGAAAGUCAUGGCCGGCUACUGCCUUGAAGAGCCCUUCUUCAGCAGCAAGCUGAAGCAGUGGGUGGCUACCCUGAUGAAGACCCUCAGGGACCCCUCGCUGCCGCUGUUGGAACUCCAGGAGAUCAUGACGAGCCUGGCGAGUCGUAUUCCUCCCAGCGUGGAGAAGGAUAUCCGUAAAGUCAUGGCUCAGUACGCGAGCAACAUCACCUCGGUCCUCUGCCAGUUCCCGAGCCAACGGAUUGCAAAUAUUCUAGACAGCCAUGCUGCCACCCUGCAGAGGAAGCCCGACCGAGAGGUGUUCUUCAUGAACACGCAGAGUAUUGUUCAGCUGGUGCAGAGGUACCGCAGUGGAAUCCGAGGUUACAUGAAGUCUGUGGUGCUCGAUCUGCUGAAGAGAUACCUGCAAGUGGAGAUACAGUUUCAACAUGCUCACUACGACAAGUGUGUUAUCAACUUGCGGGAGCAGCACAAACCGGACAUGAGCCCCGUGCUGGACUACAUCUUCUCUCACGCCCAGGUGUCCAAGAAGAACAUCCUCGUCACGAUGCUCAUCGACCAUCUGUGUGGGAGGGAUUCCAUGCUAGCAGACGAGCUGAUGGUCCUCCUGAACGAGCUCACGCAGCUCAGCAAGAUGGAGAACUCAAAGGUCGCCUUGAGAGCCAGACAGGUCUUGAUUGCGUCCCAUUUACCGUCGUAUGAACUGAGGCACAACCAGGUGGAGUCCAUCUUCCUGUCAGCCAUUGACAUGUACGGCCACCAGUUCUGUCCAGAGAACUUGAAGAAACUUAUUCUCUCUGAAACCUCCAUUUUUGACGUCUUGCCCAAUUUCUUCUAUCACUCCAACCAAGUGGUCUGCAUGGCUGCCUUGGAGGUGUAUGUGCGCAGAGGUUACAUCGCCUACGAGCUGAAUAGCAUCCAGCAUCACCAGCUGCAGGACGGAACGUGCGCCGUGGACUUCCAGUUCAUGCUGCCGUCGUCACAUCCCAACAGAGGAAGCAACUCUACUCACAACAGGGUUCCCGUUCCAGUGACCGGAUCAAGCCGGUUUAAAAUGAGGCGAGAGAGCAGCGAACUCUUUCUGGAGGGCGCCUUCUCGCCCCCUUGCCAGCGCAUGGGCGCCAUGGUGGCGUUCCACUGCUUCGAUGACUUCAAGAGGCAUUUUGACGAAGUUCUCAGCAGCUUUGCAGAACCCCUCGUGGAGAGCACUCCCUUCUCAGAGUCCCACUCCAGUCUGUUUGAGGAGGAGGAGUUCAAGAACACGAGAGAAAACCCGAUCCACAUCAUCAACGUGUCCAUAAAAACCGCAGACACAGAAGACAGCGACGCCCUGGUGACGUCCUUCACGGCCUUCGCCCAGUCAAAGCGUGCCGUCCUCUUUGAAUAUGGAAUCAGGCGAAUCACAUUUCUGAUUGCACAGAAGAGAGAAUUCCCAAAGUUCUUCACUUUCAGAGCUAGAGAUGGGUUCCAGGAGGAUCGUAUUUACCGUAAUCUGGAGCCGGCUUUAGCGUUUCAGCUGGAGCUGAACCGCAUGAGGAACUUCGACCUGACCGCCGUGCCCUGUGCCAACCACAAGAUGCAGCUGUACCUCGGGGCUGCCCGCGUUCAGGAGGGCGCCGAGGUCACAGACUACCGCUACUUCAUCCGAGCGAUCAUCCGCCACUCUGACCUCAUUACGAAGGAAGCCUCCUUUGAAUACCUUCAAAACGAGGGCGAGCGUCUCCUGCUGGAGGCCAUGGAUGAGUUGGAGGUGGCCUUCAGUAACACUGCGGGCCGCACAGACUGCAACCACAUCUUCCUCAACUUUGUCCCCACGGUCAUCAUGGACCCCUCUAAAAUAGAGGAGUCGGUGCGCUCCAUGGUGAUGCGUUACGGCAGCCGUCUUUGGAAGCUGCGGGUCCUGCAGGCUGAGCUGAAGAUCAACAUCCGUCUGACGCCAACCGGGGCCGCCAUUCCUGUCCGCCUGUUUCUCACUAAUGAGUCUGGCUAUUACCUGGACAUCAGUCUGUACAAGGAGGUCACCAACCGAAGCUCUGGACAGAUCAUGUUCCAGUCGUAUGGAGAUAAGCAUGGUCCUCUGCACGGCAUGCUGAUCAACACUCCGUAUGUGACCAAAGACCUGCUGCAGGCCAAACGCUUCCAGGCUCAGACUCUCGGGACCACAUACGUCUAUGACUUCCCCGAGAUGUUCAGACAGGCGCUGUUCAAGCUGUGGGGUCCAGGGGACAAAUACCCUGAAGACGUGCUGAUGUGCACCGAGCUGGUCCUGGACCCUCGAGGCCGACUUGUGCAGAUGAACCGCCUGCCUGGAGACAAUGACGUGGGAAUGGUUGCCUUCAGAUUGGAGAUGAAGACUCCAGAGUACCCAGAGGGCAGAGUCAUCAUCGUCAUCUGCAACGACAUCACUCAUAUGAUCGGCUCCUUUGGCCCCCAAGAGGACGAGCUGUUCCUCAGGGCCUCUGAGGCGGCUCGGGCCGAGGGCGUUCCCCGCAUCUACGUCUCGGCCAACAGUGGAGCGCGCAUUGGCCUCGCUGAAGAGAUCAAGCACAUGUUCCAGGUGGCCUGGAUUGACCCCGAUGACCUCUACAAGGGCUUCAAGUACCUCUACCUGACACCGCAGGACUACACCCGUAUCAGCUCCACCAACGCUGUGCACUGCCACCACGUGGAGGAAGGUGGAGAGUCCAGGUACAUCAUCACUGAUGUCAUCGGGAAGAGCGACGGCCUCGGGGUCGAGAACCUGCGUGGUUCUGGCACCAUCGCUGGAGAAUCCUCUCAGGCAUACGAUGAGAUCAUUACAAUAAGCAUGGUGACGUGUCGCACUAUUGGAAUUGGAGCCUACCUGGUCCGUUUGGGACAGAGAGUGAUUCAGGUGGAAAACUCUCACAUCAUCCUGACUGGAGCAGGUGCUCUGAACAAGGUCCUGGGCAGACAGGUGUACACGUCCAACAACCAGCUGGGAGGGAUCCAGAUCAUGCACAACAACGGAGUCACGCACACCACCGUGCCGGACGACUUCGAGGGCGUCUUCACCAUCCUCAAGUGGCUCUCCUACAUGCCAAAGAACAAACUCUCGCCUGUGCCCGUCCUGUUGACUACCGACCCAGUGGAGAGAGAGAUAGAAUACACUCCGACUAAAGCGCCCUACAACCCGCGCUGGAUGCUGGCUGGGAGACCUCACCCCACGGUGAGAGGUUCCUGGCAGAGCGGAUUCUUCGACCUCGGCUCCUUCAUGGAGAUCAUGGAGUCUUGGGCUCAGACGGUCGUCGUGGGCCGAGCCCGGUUGGGAGGCAUUCCCCUCGGUGUCAUCGCCGUGGAAACACGGACGGUUGAGUUCACGGUCCCAGCCGAUCCAGCAAACCUGGACUCAGAAUCUAAAGUGCUGCAGCAGGCGGGCCAGGUGUGGUACCCAGACUCGGCCUUUAAGACGGCUCAGGCCAUUUGUGACUUCAACCGUGAACAUCUUCCUCUCAUGGUGUUUGCCAACUGGAGGGGCUUCUCUGGUGGAAUGAAGGAUAUGUAUGACCAGAUACUGAAGUUUGGCGCCUACAUCGUGGACGCCCUGCGUGGUUUCCACCAGCCGGUGCUGGUGUACAUCCCACCGCAUGCGGAGCUGAGAGGAGGAUCCUGGGUGGUGAUCGACCCCACCAUCAACCCACUGUGUAUGGAGCUCUAUGCAGACAGGGAGAGCAGAGGGGGGGUGCUGGAGGCUGAGGGCACCGUGGAGAUCAAGUACAGGAGGAAGGAUCUCCUGAAGACCAUGAGAAGGCUGGAUUCCGUCUAUGCCAGUCUGGUUGAGCAGCUUGCGUCCCCAGAGCUGCCCGACAAGCAGAGCAGAGAGCUGGAGGCAAAGCUCAAAGCCAGGGAGGAAUUCCUGCUGCCCAUCUACCACCAGGUGGCAGUGCAGUUCGUAGAUCUCCACGACACCCCAGGGAGGAUGCAGGAGAAGGGCGUCAUCACUGAUAUUUUGGAUUGGAAGAGCGUGCGGCCCUUCUUCUACUGGCGUCUGCGGCGGCUCCUGCUGGAGCAGGUGGUGAAGCGGGAGAUCCUGCAGGCCGACGAGGACCUGAGCGACGGGCACAUGCAGUCGAUGCUCCGACGCUGGUUUGUUGAAACGGAAGGAACAGUCAAGGCCUACCUCUGGGAUAACAACAGAGUGGCAGUGGAGUGGCUCGAGAAGCAUUUAACAAAGGAGGACGGCGUGCGAUCCGGCAUCCGAGAGAACAUCAAGUACCUGAAAAGGGAAAACACUUUGAAACGCAUCCGCAGCCUCGUGCAGGCCAACCCGGACGUGGCCAUGGACUGCAUCAUCCACAUGAGCCAGAGCAUCAGCCCGUCCCAGAGGGCCAAGCUCUCACAUCUGCUUGCAACGAUGGACAGCGCCAGCACCAAUUAGGCUGCGGAGCUCCACCAGGUUGUGUUAUUGAUCAGAGAAAAAGACCAUUCUCUCGUUGAUUGCACUGUAUUGGUCAAGGUGUUUUUAUAUCAGGGUCUAGCUGGGGCACAGAGUGACCACUGCAGGGCUCUGACUGCCGUCAACGUUGCUGUUGAAUGGCGUUUUCUGCAGCGACGUCUCGAUCCGGACCGACGGGUCGACGAAGAGUUUGUCUUUUACGUUUGUGAAGUAAGCGUUCGGUCCCUUCAGCGGAGCGUCCCGGGUUUCAGGCGGUGGCCGUCACCGGGCUGCGUGACGUGAGACUGGGUCCGUUCACUGAGGAGCUGCACGAGCUUCAUGAAGUGGAGUCCGCGUGUCGCUGAUCGAUAACGUUGAUGUGAGACUUUGAAUGUAACUCGGACAACUGAUCAACUCUUUGAUCUAGUCCCAAGUAAAACAAACGCAUGACAUAUUGGUUUUACCUGUCUUGUAAAGCAGAAAUGUUAAUUAAGAUAUAAAAAAAAAAAAAAAUAUGUAUUGUGGACUUAGUUGUCCAGCUCAGCUGUGUGUGUGUGUGUGUGUGUGUGUGUGUGUGUGUGUGUGUGUGUGUGUGUGUGUGUGUGUGUGUGUGUGUGUGUGUGUGUGUGUGUGUGUGUGUGUGUGUGUGUGUGUGUGUGUGUGUGUGUGUGUGUGUGUGUGUGUGUGUGUGUGUGUGUGUGGGAUCGGAGAUACUGCGACACGUUGUGAUACUUCUGAGCUUUUCUUUAAUUUUUGGAGGUAUUUCUUUGAUGUAAUGCAGUAAUUCUUAAGACUCAGGUUGGACAAUAAUCGCCAAAGUGGUUGCCAAGCAACGGCUUAAUUAGCCUCUCCUCUGAUCAAUAGUGACAUUUAAAUGUACAUAACCUCUGGCCUGUCAUGUAUUCUACUGAAGACUUAAUAAAUAUCAUUGAUAUAU